AUUAUUAAUCAGAUGAGUGAGACCUACUUAGGAAUGAAAUAAUUUUUCAAAUUUUAACAAAUUAUUUGAAGAAAAAAAAAAGAAAAGAAAAACACUAUUUAUAGGGAAAAUAAAAAAUCUCCGAUUUUAACACCUGAUGUCGUUUUAACUUUUCACAACAUGGCGUCCGACAGAGGGAAGUAUAGGACAAACAUCAAGAAACGAACAGUAUGCUUGUACUAUAUACAAAUAUAAAGUGUCAUACAGUGCGGCCAUGGAUGCAUGUAUUUGCGCGUGCACGAGUGAGGCUCUCUGUACACGUCCAUCAUGAGUCAAAAUUUACGGUUCUUUCAUAUUUCGUGAUUAAUGUCUUCGUCAACAAAAAGAAUGCAAAUUUAGUCUCGGAACUACACCUGCUCAAUCCUAUGGACUGUUAUCCCACGAGGAUGACUCUUUCUGCCCGUUAAAUUGUAACAAUUGAAUAAAACAAAAUUUUGCAAGUAUGGAACAAAGUAGAAAUAGACCAAGUAGACCACGUCUACGUUCACAUGGUAACUCUGCACGAGUUCUUGUAUUCGAUCAAAUGGAAUCAGAAGACACCAACAGUAGCACAGAACAAACACGUAAUCGUCCUACAAUAUCAAAGGUUGAAAGUAAAGAGGCCCCUGUUCGACCAGUUAGUGGAGAAUUAUCAAAUUUAGUUCGUAUGCGGAAUUCAGCCAUUGGAAAAUCAGCUCCUUCUUUGUCAGUUCACAUGCGUGAUCCGAACAUUCCUCGUCGAUCUGCUAAAGCAGCACAUCGUAAAUCUUUCAUUGCAACAACAUCGCCUACUUUACCACGUUGCCAUUCACCUUUAUCUGCUUUCAUCCCAAUUGUAGGCAGUCCUCUAGAAAGCCCUAGGAUGUCAUCCAGUCCACAUUUUGCUUUUGCUCCUGUUAAAAGGAUUGGGGGUGCUACAGGAACUGGUGAUGGUAGAAGAUGGUCAGUUGCAAGUUUACCUUCUAGUGGCUAUGGGACAACACCUGGUUCGAGUAAUGUUUCGUCACAAUGUUCGAGUCAAGAACGUUUACAUCAGUUACCAAAUGUUCCAACUAAAGAUGAGCUACGCAUGUUAUCUUGUCACUUUUCUAAGCCUGGUACACCAUGUUCAUCACAUCCAGGUUUUCCUGGUUCCAGUAUAUCUACCAUUUCUGGUAGUCUUGAAGAAGAAGGUCGUAAAUCACCAUUACAUCGACCGCGAUCACGAAGCUUAAGUAGUCCGAGUCGAUCACCUGUUCUUGAUAGUGAGAUUGUCAUGAUGAAUACUUUGUACAAAGAACGAUUUCCAAAGGCUACGCAACAAAUGGAAGAACGUUUAACAAAUUUUAUUAAUGAAAACAAGGAAAUCGAUGAACAUGAAGUAGUGACACAUAUGACUCCAGAUUCUUUACCAAUUUUACGUUUUGUUCAUCAUCAAGUGAUCGAAAUGGCAAGAGACUGUUUACAAAAAUCACAAGAGAAAUUAAUCACAACAAGAUAUUUUUAUGAAAUGAGUGAAAAUUUAGAACAUUUAUUAAUGGAAACCAAGGAAAAAUCGUUAGAAGCUGCAACACGAUUGACAGGUUUAAUAAAAAAACUUUUACUAGUGAUCUCACGUCCAGCGCGAUUAUUAGAAUGUUUAGAAUUUGAUCCAGAAGAAUUUUACCAUUUACUUGAACGAGCUGAGGGUCAAGCUAAAUUUAAUGCAGGAAUAAAAACUGACAUUCCUCAGUAUAUCAUUAAUAAACUUUCUUUAAAUAGAGAUCCAAUAACUGAAUUACAGGAAGAUCUGAAUAAGCUGGAAGAUUCUGCAAGUUCUAGUGAUAGUAACUUACAAUUAACAUCGAGUCCUAAUAAAGAUGAUGAUAAAUCUCAACGUGUUCCUUGUGAAAGUGAUUAUGAGGUAUUAAAACUUAUUAGUAAUGGAGCAUAUGGUGCAGUGUAUCUAGUUAAGGAAAAGACGACUAGACAAAGAUUUGCAAUGAAGAAAAUUAAUAAAAAUAAUCUAAUGCUUCGUAAUCAAGUGGAACAAGUGUUCGCUGAAAGAGAUAUAAUGAGUUUCACAGAUAAUCCUUUUGUAGUAUCUAUGUAUUGUAGUUUUGAAACGAAGAAACAUUUAUGUCUUGUAAUGGAAUAUGUUGAAGGUGGAGAUUGUGCAAAUCUUCUAAAAAAUAUUGGUCCACUUCCAUCAGAUAUGGCAAGAUUUUAUUUUGCAGAGACUGUUUUAGCUGUAGAAUACCUGCAUAGUUAUGGUAUUGUUCAUAGGGAUUUGAAACCUGACAAUUUACUUAUUACAGCAUUAGGUCACAUUAAACUUACAGACUUUGGUCUUAGUAAAAUGGGGCUUAUGUCUUUGGCAACAAAUCUUUAUGAGGGAUAUAUAGAUAGAGAUACUCGACAAUUCUCUGAUAAACAAGUAUUUGGUACACCUGAAUAUAUCGCACCAGAAGUUAUAUUAAGACAGGGAUAUGGAAAACCUGUUGAUUGGUGGUCUAUGGGAAUUAUACUUUAUGAAUUUCUUAUUGGUUGUGUACCCUUUUUUGGCGAAACACCCGAAGAACUGUUUGCUCAUACCGUUAAUGAUGACAUAGAAUGGCCAACUGAGGAUGAUUGGCCAGUUCAUCCUGAAGCUAAAGAUAUUAUAACUGUAUUGUUACAACAAAGUCCUAGAGAUCGAUUAGGAACUGGUGGUUCACAUGAAGUUAAAGAACAUCCUUAUUUUUAUGGCGUUAAUUGGAAUAGUCUUCUUAGACAAAAAGCUGAAUUUGUACCACAAUUAGUUGAUGAUGAGGAUACGAGUUACUUUGAUACUCGUAUGGAUAGAUAUAAUCACGAUAUAGGCGAUGAUACAGAUGACACUGAUGAUUCUCCUUUAUUUGGAUCGUUUUCUUCGUAUUCGCCACAAUCACGGAAAAUUUCUCAAAGCCGUCCACAGCAAACAAAUAUAGAGCCAGAAGUGGAUUCUAAAAAACAACCUUUCCAUACUGAUUUAGAAAGCACAGUUUCACAACUUUCUCUUGUAUCGAAUACAUCUGUUACUACUACUACUACUACUCCAUCCAAACUCUUAGAAACGAGUCAAAAUUCAGAGAAAAGUCGGUCGCUUCUUUCUGUCAAGACGACUCCAUGUGUCGAAAAUCUGAAUAGGCCUAUAAAGUCAAAUAUAUCAUCUAUUGGUUCUACUUCUACUGGAAGCAGUGAAUCUCAAUUAACUGUGGUCAAAAAUAUUCAAUCAGAAAAUACUUCUAUUAAUUUGAGUACACCAGAUUCUUCACAAACAGAAUCCGAAGACAUCAGCCCACAAAUACAAAGGAAACGUCACACACAUUCUCGUGAUAAGCUGCCCAGGUUCAGUAUUCCUAUUGAUGAUGAGCACAUGCUGGAUUUAACAGCAGCGAAUAAGGAGAUCCUCGAGGAUAAACAUAAUUCUAGUACUGAUUCCUUUGAAUCUUAUAAUGCAGUUUCCAUUUUACCGGCAAAUAAGUCAAAGUCAAGGUCUGUUAUUAAGUCUGCAUCGACUAGUGGCUUGUCACUAGUAAUACCAACUAGUGAAUUUACUUAUGAUUCAAUAGUCAGUAAUCAAUCUAUUGAGUCACCUGGUGGAUCUUCUACUGCUUCUUCGAGAGAUACAUCUCCAUGUCGAGAAUUAAGUCCUCUUGUAACCAGUUUGAAACCUCCCAUUAUUAUAAGAAGAGGACCAUGUGGAUUUGGUUUCACAGUGCAUACCAUCAGAGUCUAUUACGGUGAUAGUGAUUUUUACACUAUGCAUCAUUUAGUAAUGGCAGUUGAUCAGUCAAGUCCUGCAUUUGAAGCUGGUUUGAGGCCAGGGGAUUUGAUAACGCAUAUAAAUGGAGAACAUGUACAAGGGUUAUAUCACACUCAAGUUCUCCAGUUAAUGCUGAGUGGCGGUGAUCACGUCACUUUACGUAGUACACCUUUAGAAAAUACCAGUAUUAAAUCUGGUGGUAGAAAAAGAGAUCUCACUCAGAGUAAAAUGGCACGCAGAACAUUUCAUAAACAAAGGAAACAAAAAAGAGAGCUUUCUGACAAGAAACGAAAAACGUCUCUUUUUAAACGAAUAAGUUCGAAACGUGCUAGUGUAGAAAUGCAACAGCCAUUAAGUAUCAAUUGUCCAUUGUCAGCACCCAUUCUGUCCAGUGACAACAAACCUCCACUUAUGAUGGCUGCAGGAAUUUGUUCACCUUCAAUGGUGACCCCUAGUCGAUCUUUCCAAUCCUUCACACGUUCUCAAGAAAUUACACCUUAUUAUGGUGCAUGUACAAAAUCCGUCUGUAGUCCUUCUCCACCAACAAAUCGUACUAAUUCAGAAUCCUAUCAUUCAACUGGAAAUUCAAGUCCAUGUUCAAGUCCAAAUUCCUCUUCACCGGGUUCUAAUAUUUCUAUUGGAAAUUUAUCAAAUCAAUCACAUUAUCAAAGACCAAGUACUUUGCAUGGUUUAAAGCAUAAAUUACAUACAGCUGCAAAAAAUAUCCAUUCUCCUAAUCGUAGGAAGUCUGUAGGGCACAUACCUUUAUCUCCUUUAGCUAGAACUCCCAGUCCAUCGCCACUUCCUGCUAGUCCAACAAGAAGUCCAAGUCCUUUAGCAUUUCCUACAGGACACCAACCUGGUAGUUCUAAUACUACGCAAUCAUAUAGUCCAGGUGUCUGUUUGUCAGCACCUAGUAGUCAGAAGAAAGGUUAUGGACGUCCAAAAUCAGCAGAACCAGGGUCACCACUUUUAAGAAGAGCUCUCAGUCCUGAUAGAUUGCAUCCUCGUUCAGCGGAAAAUAAAACAUCGAUAUCGCCAUUGGCAAAUACCGUCGUAAAAGUAACACCACGUGUGACAAUUGCUCAAACGUCUCAUGCUGAAAUUUCUGAAGAGGCUAAUGAAAUAAUGAAUAAAGAAAGCAGUGAUAUAAAAGGCGAGAAGAAAGUGUGUACAGAACCGAAAAACGUAGUCGAUUAUCCUAAAUUAACACAUGGUAUAUCGAUUAAUAUAGCAAACGUCGGUAUAUCUAAUGCUUGUGGAAGUACACAGUUACCAAGAAUAGCAGAAGAAAAAGAUUCGCCAACUGGAACUAAAAGCGAUGAUUAUACAUCUAAAGAAGUCAUGGUGCCUGUGGAGAAAAAUGAGAAAAAUGAUGCACGUAACGAUCGAAUAUCAUUAGGAGAUAAAAAUGUAACUUACAAUAAAGAAUCCCGCAGUGUUUAUCCUAACGAAAUCAGUGUGAGUAAUCUAGAAUCACGAAAUAAUGAAGCAAUAAAAGACAUUGUUCAUCAAAAUGAAACACCGAGUACACUGAUAUCUCAUGGUGUAUCUCCAAUGACGUUAGAACAAAAACAAUUGAAACGUAAUGAAACGGAGAUCAAAUUAACUUCAUUUAAUUUGGGUGCUCUCGAACAAUCAACUUCUAGCAAGAAUAGUGUAGAUAACACUCAAGAGUGUCGGAAAAUAUUAAAGAAAUAUAAAGUCGAUACUUUAGAUAACUCGAUAAUUCGUGACGAUUCAAUACGUUCGUGUGAAAACAGUGAGUUUGUAAGUGAGAAAAAAAAUACCUAAUUAUGUGUGCGCGCAACCAUUUACUUUGAAAAACUAUUUUUAGAAAUAGGUUUAGUAUAAAACUUAGUAGCAAAAAGCAUCAAUAUUUGACUAUAAUCAAUAAUGCUUGUUGAAAAAAAGGAAAAAGGAAAAAAAAAUAAGGAAAAUCUCCAUUUCGUGUUUUUGAUGUGAAAAUGAAAUCCAUGGAGAGAAAGAAAGAGAGUCGUUUGUCGUAACUGUAAAAGUAUUAUGUAUCGUGUAUAAGUCUAUACGUCGUUUGAGGUAUCAAUCUGUGUGAUAAUACUCUUAACUAUUCUCUUGCUAUACCAUUGUCCAAGUCAAAUUUGUUAAAUUGAGCUCAUAGCUAGUUACAAUUUAAAAAAAAUAUUUGUGUCGAAAGUUAUACGCUUCCAUUAAAUAAUUGUUUAUAAAGGAGUAAAUUACCGACAUUUUAGAAUAGCUUUGUCCCGCCAUACGCUUAGUAAAACAAAACAAAAAAAAUAAGAUCAAAAUAAGCAAAAAUAAAAAAAAAGUACCUUAAAGAAUUCCAAGAAUUUUGAAUUUUUAUUUAAGUUAAUAAAGUUUGUUGGGUAUAUUUAAAGAAAAGAAAAAAAAAAACUUAGAUUUAGAAACUUUAUAAUUUGUUAUAUUGUACGGUAGUCAAAAAUAAUUCGUAAAAUCUGUGAUCGUUGAGACGCGCCAUUAUAUUACGUAUAUAUUAAAUA